GUCACGUGGUCUUCGGGAUGUUCCGAAGCGUGUGUUGGUGAAGGAAGGAAGGCGUGUGUGGGGCUUCCCUGCUGACCGUGGAUGCCGCCGCCGUCUUGUUUGUGUGUCAUCGCCUCGGCGGGCCAGCGAACUCGUCUCCUGUUUUUUUGAGAUCACCGCCGAAAGCCGCUCGCACGGUGCGGCAUGUUGUUGAGCCCGCUAGAUCCGCAACGAAGAAGGAGGGCCGCAACCCCGUAAAAAAGCGGUGCUGACUAGCCACCCCUCCCCGUCCACCGACAACUGUCAUGGAUAGGCUGCUGGCGCAGUGCGGCUGCCUCUACGGGCUGCGCUACGGCCCCGAGGAACUGGAGUCGCUGCAGCGCAGCCACAAGAUCGACAAGAUGAUCCAAAAGGACAAGCAGGUGAUCCGGAGGCAGGUCAAGCUGCUGCUGCUGGGCGCCGGCGAGAGCGGCAAGAGUACUUUCCUCAAGCAGAUGCGCAUCAUCCACAACUGCAGCUUCGAGCCCGAACAGCUUGUGGAGUACCGCUCGGUCGUAUAUCAGAACGUGCUUCGGGGAAUGAAGGUGCUGGCCGACGCCCGACGGAAGCUGGACAUACCGUGGCAGAACCCGGCCAACGAGGUGCACGCUCAGCGACUGUUGGGUUACGACUCGGCGUUCGAACCCGCCGACUCGGAGACGUUCAGCCGGUACGCGCCUUCGGUGCGGGCCCUGUGGCAGGACGCCGGUAUCCGGGAAGCAUUCGAACGUCGCAUCGAGUUUCAGUUGGGCGACGGGGUUCGCUACUUUUUCGACCACUUGGACCGAAUCGCUACCAAGGAGUUCAUACCCACCAACCAGGACAUCCUGCAUGCACGGAAGGCAACAAAGAGCAUCACGGAAUUCGUGGUGCCCGUCAAUGGGGUACCCUUUCGUUUCGUCGAUGUGGGCGGCCAGAGGUCGCAGCGCCAGAAGUGGUUCCGAUGCUUCGACAGUGUCACCUCCAUUCUCUUCCUGGUGUCGUCUAGUGAAUUUGAUCAGGCACUGCUAGAAGACCGCACCACCAACCGACUGGUGGAAUCCCGCAGCAUCUUCGAGACCAUAGUGAACAAUCGGUGCUUCGCCGAGGUGUCGAUCAUCCUGUUCUUCAACAAGACGGACUUGCUGCGCGAGAAGCUCGCCUCGCGCGCCACCAGCAUCGCCGACUACAUCGACGGCUUCAAGGGCGACCCGCACAACCUCGCUGACGUGCAGCGUUUCCUCGUGAACUGGUUUUACGAGGCUCGCCGCAGCCAACACAAGCCGCUCUUUCACCACUUCACCACUGCGGUGGACACCGAGAAUAUCAAGGUGGUGUUCAAUGCAGUCCGCGACACCAUUCUGCAGAAGAACAUCACACAGCUGAUGCUGCAGUAAGCGACCGGCCAGACUCCUUGCUUGUGCGUUGGCGCGGCCGUUGUCACUGCGGUGAUUUGUCAGGCACGUUACGUUGAAGAUUGCAACGUUUGUCGCCCUCACACCAGUUUGAUCAUUGUAACUGGUCGCUGCAGCAAGCGUUCAUUGCGUCUUAUUAAGGCAGCGUUGGAGAACUUACUGUGCGAUUCUUAUUACACGUAUGAAACUAUUAAUUCAAUGCGCAGCGUCUCGAUGCAGUGGCAGUUCAGCCAUCGAACCAACAGCUGAGAAAAUACCAACUAACUCUCUUAAACAAGUAAUUAAGGCAAGGGAACGUUCUCUUAAGUUGCGAGGGAUUGUGUUGAUUGCCAAACGAGUUUAGCUUCUUAGAUCUUUCAUGUGCUCAUAAAACUUGCACCACAGAUCAUCACUACAAUGGCACCUUGCACUGUGUUCGUGCAGCUGCCCGCCGAGCUGCAAUUUUAUGGCAGUGUGUUCACUGCUCUAGUCGUGAAGUGCAGCUCCAAGUGAAUGUUUAUUUUGUUUCUAUUGGGCACGAACCUCGCUCCAUUCAGGGGCAUGCAUGGGAGUACAAACGGGAAACUUCAGUGUACAUAUUGUAAAUAUGCUUACCAAGUGCCUCAUCCUUCUUAGAGUCAGCAUGGCGCAGCAUUCCAGUGACUCAAUACUACUCCCCGUGACACAGUGGAAAUGUCUGCCAUGCGUUUGCGUGGAUUAGUUCCGCAUCGACAGGAAGAGGCAAAUCUAAACUACAGGGAUGAAGUUAGCGUUGCUUGAAAUACUGGCUGUCAGCCAAUCAUGCGUGUUAUUUUUCUGUGGUUUUGUGCAUGUUGGCAGUUUCCCAGGUGUGCAUAUGAACAGUUGGCUAGAACAAGACGAGAUGGUUGAAUUCACACAUCGUGAAGUUGUUGCGGCCAGUCGAGAGAAUUCCACUUUUGUAGGAUAGUGUCGCCGUUGCCAAAGCCGACAUCUCAGUGUCGUCACGUGCUCUUGAUUGUGUGCCGGCUGUGCGGUUAGAGGAGGGAACCCAGUGUAGGGGACAGCCCAGGGUCAUUUAAUUUCUGAGGAGACACGCUGCUUAUGUCGUGGCCCCUCAUUUUGAAACCCACUCAUUUCAAGCUGUGAUUCGCUGACAUCGAACAUGGAACUUGCAAGUGAUAUGCAUUUCCAAGCUUGUGCCCAAGGUCGAGUUCUGCUUUUACAUUGUCUAGUACAUUUCCUAUAUUUACAAAAUACUCAAAGAAGUUCAGUUCAGAAGAUUGGUGUUUUUGAUUCUAGCUACUCAAACAUCCCCGGGUCCACAAGUUAGCUAUUAACGUUUUAAGUUUGGCGCUAGUUCUGAUGAGAUUUUACCAUACCGCGGCCUGUGGCCUUAUGUUGGGAUACAUGCAGGUAAUGGUCUCAUACUCAAUUUUUCGUUACCUUGCCGUUGUCUUCACGUUUGUCUGCCAAAUGCAGUAUUGCGUGCCAAGUUGUAUACUGGUAGUUCCUCCUUACACCAUGGAGCGAAACUGAAUUUUUUUUUAUCACUACAGUUUCAUCACAUGUUGCAUGUUAGUGGUUUGCCUAUAUUGGGGAGCUGUUUGUUCUUCACAUUGUAUGGCGGCCUGAGUGCUUGAGCUGCUGAUGGCAGCUACCUGCUCGUAUUAUAUAUGAUGUUGAACAAACGCUAUCUUAUCACUCGUGAAAAUGGGAACACAGUGAGUGUUUCUACGGCGCAACAGCAGUGGCCUGUGUUGUUGUGGUGUCCGAUGCAAGAAACUCAUUUUGCAACUUUCUAUGCCUCGUCUCGCAUGCAUUCAUCUUCGUAGCUCUCCUACAUGCUCUAACAGUGCAGUCAAAUCCACGGGCAUGGCUGGGAAGUGUUUCACCUCGUAAGCCAGUUUAAGGCCUACAACUGGCUGUUGCCCGAAACCUUCUUGUAUGUUUCUAAGCAGUAAGUGUUUUUUUUUUUUCUGAACCUUCUUGACCUCUUCCCUAAAAGUAUAAAUAUAUUAUAUAUAUAUAUAUACACUAUUGCUUCACCUCGCAUUUUCUCCAGUGUGCAACACCGCAAACAGCUUAUGUCAUGACCGUGCUUACGUGUCUGUCGUUUUAUUAAGUAACAUCUGUCAUGCCUAUACAGGAGGUUGCCUGUCCUUUUUAUAAAUUCCUCGUGCAGCUGAACAAAUUUUGAUGGGGCAGCUCAUAUAAUGAUCGCUCAUUCAAGUACUGGUGCUACUUGCAGUAGCUUGUUGCAGAGACUGUAGUAUGACCCUGUGAGGUGUGGCGUAGCUACCUUUUUCGUUGCCCCCAUUUGUAUUACUGUAAAGAUAGAACAAGUCCUUUUUCACACGGCGGGGUGUUUGUGACAUGUACCGUGGAAACGGAGAUGGCAGGGUAACGACACGCUCCGCAUUUACAGUCGGGUGACCUCAGAUGCACCGUUCGAUUUACGCAUUGGGUCCGUCUGUGCGUUACUCGCGAAUGUACCGCCUCAACGCAGUACCGGUGCGAAGUGCCUGGACCUCGCACGAAAUUGAGAGGAGUCGCACGUGCCUUACAACUCCAUUGUGCUGCGAUUGUCGUGUGCAGAGACGAGCUUAUGAAGCAGUUCACUUCGACUGAAGCGUCGCUAGUGACUGUUGCUGGGGCUUCACUCAGGGAAAGAUAGUCCGGGCAGUGUUCUCAGUGGUGACAGUAUUGUUUAUGGUUACCGGUGAUGCAUGUCACUGGUGAUGCACACAUCACUAGAACUGUGCAAUUCUCUACAGUAUAGUACUGGUGAUGCGUGCACUUAGAUAUGUAUUUUGCCCUGUAAGCCUUUUUUUUGCUGCUGUGCCUUACAAGGGGGACAGGUCUGUAUGACCUCGCGCGUAUUUGUCAUUGCCAAGCCAUCCUGCCCCUCUGCAUUGUUAUAAAAUCUGCUCUGUCAUUUACGUUAGAAGCUGGAAGAGCGAGCCUUUUUUUUCUUUUUGCUUUUCCUACACUUGCUGUUUGUGAGAUGGCAUUAAAACAACCCUUUAUAGUGAAAACAGACGUACAAGGUGUGUGUGUGUGUGGUCGGAUCGGUGGCCAUUCGAUCGAGGGUCCAGUUUUUCUUCUUUUUGUGUGUGUGUUUUCGGUGUGUGCAGGAGUGGAGUUACUCAUGCAAAACGAACAGAAUGCAGUUAUUUUAAGUUUUAAGAAGUUUUGGAAAAUAAAUGUGGAAACGCUA